AAGCGGCUCUCCGCAGGCCACAGAAUUCGAUUUCCAACAGGAAGAGGGCAGGGCAUCCGUGCACGCCGGCCUUCUGCUGCAUCUAACAUUAGCGGGAACCUGGCAGGUUGACCGGUGCUGUGCGGGCGAUGGCGUCGCGUCGGGGAGCGCUCAUCGUGCUGGAGGGUGUGGACCGUGCUGGCAAGACCACGCAGGGCCUCAAGCUCGUGACCGCGCUGUGCGCCUCGGGCCACAGAGCGGAGCUGCUGCGUUUCCCCGAAAGAUCAACAGAAAUUGGCAAGCUUCUGAAUUCCUACUUAGAAAAGAAAACGGAACUAGAGGAUCACUCCGUGCACCUGCUCUUCUCUGCAAACCGCUGGGAACAAGUACCAUUAAUUAAGGCGAAGUUGAACCAGGGUGUGACCCUUGUUUUGGACAGAUACGCCUUUUCUGGGGUUGCCUUCACUGGCGCCAAAGAGAAUUUUUCCCUGGAUUGGUGUAAACAACCGGACGUGGGCCUUCCCAAACCUGACCUGAUCCUGUUCCUUCAGUUACAAUUGCUGGACGCUGCUGCACGGGGAGAGUUUGGCCUUGAGCGAUAUGAGACUGGGACUUUCCAAAAGCAGGUUCUGUUGUGUUUCCAGCAGCUCAUGGAAGAGAAAAACCUCAACUGGAAGGUGGUUGAUGCUUCCAAAAGCAUUGAGGAAGUCCAUAAAGAAAUCCGUGCACACUCUGAGGACGCCAUCCGAAACGCUGCACAGAGGCCACUGGGGGAGCUAUGGAAAUAAAUCAGCUUCCAUUGCCAAUACGAUUCUCUGGUUCUGCAGGAGACUGGUAGAAGGCUCAUGUCUCUUCACUGUUCAGCAGGAGCUAGUUCUCGGCAGAAACGAUCUACAAGACCCUCUCAUAACCUGAGACUUCAGUUGUGCAGUAUCUCUCUUUGCCUAUUGCUUGGCUGUAAAGGUGUAGCAGUUUCCUUGAGAUCAGCUGGUGAGAAAUCACAUUUUUUUUUACAGAAUAAAAAUUUACCCAAAAAUAUAUCUCACUA